GACACGACAGCGUGAAACUGUAGGCAAAUCCUCGUGGCACUGACACUUAGGCGAGUCAGAACUUCAGACAGAUACACACAGAGUUAACCAAAUCCAAAACCAAAGUAACAAACACUAUUUAAUUUUUCUCAGAAAAUUUGACAUUUUCCCGGAAAAUCUCUCUCUCUCUCUCUCCAACGACCAAGCAUUCCAACCAAUGGUUUGGUCUCAUCUAUUCCUGUUUUUGGUCUCGAUUUCUUCGAUCCUCCGUGAAUCUUCGUCCUCCUAUGCUGCUUCUCCUAGCUCCAUCAUCAAUCCCGCUAAAGCUAAACAAGUUUCAUGGAAGCCAAGAGCGUUUGUGUACGAAGGUUUUCUUACGGACUUAGAAUGCGACCAUUUGAUCUCUCUUGCGAAAUCGGAGCUGAAGAGAUCUGCGGUGGCGGAUAACGAGUCCGGUAAAAGCAAGCUCAGCGAAGUUCGCACCAGCUCCGGAAUGUUCAUCAAUAAGGGCAAGGAUCCUAUUGUUUCUGGUAUAGAGGACAAGUUAGCUACAUGGACAUUUCUUCCAAAAGAAAAUGGGGAGGACAUACAAGUGUUAAGAUAUGAGCCUGGGCAGAAAUAUGACCCACACUAUGAUUACUUUGCCGACAAGGUUAAUAUAGCCCGGGGUGGACACCGAAUUGCAACAGUACUCAUGUAUCUUACUGAUGUGGCCAAAGGUGGCGAAACAGUGUUCCCUGAAGCAGAGGAACCCCCACGUCGUAAAGCUUCUGAAACGAAUGGUGAUCUCUCUGAAUGUGCAAAAAAAGGAAUAGCAGUGAAACCACGAAGAGGGGAUGCACUUCUUUUCUUCAGUCUCCACCCAACUGCCAUUCCAGACACAAACAGUCUCCACGCAGGUUGCCCUGUGAUUGAAGGUGAGAAAUGGUCAGCAACAAAGUGGAUUCAUGUGGACUCGUUUGACAAGAUCUUGAACCCAGCUAGUGGUAACUGCACUGAUCUGAAUGAUAGCUGUGACAGAUGGGCUGCACUUGGAGAGUGCACGAAGAACCCGGAUUAUAUGGUUGGAUCUCCAGAGCUUCCUGGCUACUGUAGGAGAAGUUGUAAGGUGUGUUAGAAAGUUAACUUACACUUUCCUCAUGGAGCAGCUUUGGUGGUAGGGUUUAUUUGGUGGAUCCUAAUGUCUUGUUAAGGUGGUUUUACAGAAACUUUGUAUUCUUUUUUGGUUAGUGGUGGAAAUAUAAUUUGAUAUCAUAUGGGACCAUUCUCUUGCCAAGUGGAAGGGAUGCCACAUUGUUUCCAUGUCAAUCUCACAUGCUUAAAAUUUUAGAUGCAUGAGAGAAUAUUUGUGUUGUGAGACAGAGAUAGAGAGUGCUGAAAUUUUACAUAUAUUACAUGUUCUUGGAGGGAUGAAUGAAUGGGAUUUGUUCCAUUUCCAAGUA